CUCAUUGCUGUCUUUCCGAAGUAAGCCCAUUUCCGACGCACCGAUACGAUCGAUCCCUAAAACCCUGACCCAUCCGUACAUCCAGCGCUAUGGACAUGGAGAUCGAUCCUCCGAUACUAGAGGUUCAGUUCAAAGACGAUGAUCUCUUCGAAGCCGCGGAAUCUGGCGACGCCUCGACGUUUAAAUCUCUUUCUCGGGAGCAACUCUCCAAAGCUCUCUCUCUGAGGAACGAGGACGGCCGGUCCCUCAUCCACGUCGCCGCCUCUUCUGCUCGAGCCGAGGUGGUAAAGAUACUAUCGUCAAUUGAUGAAUCUGCAAGUGUGAUAAACAGUGCAGAUGAAGAAGGGUGGGUGCCACUUCAUUCUGCGGCUAGCAUUGGGCAUUCAGAAAUAGUGGAAAUUUUACUAAGUAGAGGUGCUGAUGCUAAUUUGAAAAACGGUGGUGGCCGCACUGCUCUUCAUUAUGCUUCCAGCAAGGGAUGGCUGAAGAUUGCUGAAAUCCUGAUCUCACAAGGGGCUAAGAUUAAUCUGAAGGACAAGGUUGGAGCCACCCCAUUGCAUCGAGCAGCUAGCACUGGGAACUCAGAAUUGUGUGAACUUUUAAUUGAGGAAGGAGCAGAGGUUGAUGCUGUUGAUAAAGCUGGUCAAACUUCUCUUAUGAAUGCAGUUAUUUGCCAUUAUAAAGAGGUAGCUCUCCUUUUAAUAAGGCAUGGAGCAGAUGUAGAUGUCGAAGACAAGGAAGGAUACACUGUUCUUGGUCGAGCUUCAGAUGAUUUUAGACCAAUACUGAUCGAUGCCGCCAAGGCCAUGCAAGAAGGCUGAAUUUUGAAGUAAUUUGCAGUUUAGGAGGGGGGAUUGCUAGGUAUGAAGCUGAAGUGUGCUUUGUUGAGGGUUUGUACCGUUUGGAUACUUAAACUUGUUUCAUAACAAAAAGUGGGGAAUCCAAUGUACAGCUACAUGAAUCAUCGAGCUUGCAGUUAGCUAUAUUUAGUAGAGCUUACUGCUGCUUGAUUCAUCGAUCAAACCGAGGUUAGGUUGUAGAAUUCAAGCAAACUUGUGGGAUUUCUGCCAUGGAGCUUAAAAAAACGGAUUUAAGCAAA